ACAAGAACCUCUCCUGCUUGUGGGAUGCGCAAAGCUCGAUACACAAGACGCGCCUCUGUCAAGGCAGUUGUAUGACAGCCUUGUAUCCUUCGGAUGUAAGUGAAGAUUCUGCCUAUGAGCUAAUACGCACCUGUCUAGAUGAUAAGGAUGCAGACGAACGUUUGACGUGUGCCGGCGGUAGCGAUGCACUUUGUAAGAGCUGUACGGGCAACAAAUGUAACACCGACAUAAUACCAACGGAUCGACGCAGCUGUUAUCAAUGUGAAGGUGAUGAUUGUGAAGAGCCACAAGUGCAAGUAUGUCCAUUGUACAAGAGUGACGACCAGUGCUUCAUUUGGUAUGACGAAACGAACAGCGUCAGUCAAAUGGGUUGUCUCAGUUCAUUCCGCAACCAAGAAUUGGAAACCAUUAUCAGUACAAAGCGCAUUUAUUUGUGUGAUGGAGAGGCGUGCAAUUCGCUAGACGCAGCACCCACACCGCAGACGUGUGCUGUGUGCAACUCGACCGAGGACUUUACGUGCGCCACCAAUCCGCAAGAGAUUGGCACAUUUAAUACCUGCUCGCAGUAUCCAUACACCAGCUGCUAUACGAAAUUGGUCAGCACAGAUGGUUCCACUACACGCGGCUGUUUAUCGGACCUAGAUACCACAGACUUUGUCGGCUGUGUGCUGG